UUUUGUCUAGGGUUUCAGCAGCCUCCUUCAUCCUCUGAGAUCUCGAUCUCGAUCGCUCCUCUCUAGGGUUUCAUUCUUCAUCUCUGAAGAUCUCGGUCGGCUCUCAGACAUCGCUUUCACCUCCCCUGCUCCUUGUUCCGCUAAGGAAAUGGCCCGACUUAGUUUAGCAACUCGCAAACGUAAGCAAAGGAGAAGGACAUUGAUUUUGAUAUGGUGGAACCAACUUGUUACGACUGUUUCUUUGCUUAUACUUUCACUUUACAUGUUGAUAUUCAAAUAUCUAAUGGAUAAACCACGUAUUGGAUACUCUUAUUCAAAAAUAGAUAGAUAUUCGAUAUUAUAUAGGUAUGUAUAUAAGAGUGAUAGUAUGUCUAUAUCUCAAAUUAGGAUGAAUCGAUCGUGUUUCAUCAAGUUGUGUGACAUGCUUAAAGAAUUUGGAGAAUUAAGAUCAAGUAAGAAUAUGGAUAUUGAUGAGCAAGUAGCCAUCUUCCUUCACAUUAUAGCUCAUAAUGUUAAGAAUAGGGUCAUCGUAUGCCGUUUUCAUCGUUCGGGAGAAACCAUUAGUAGAUGUGUUUCUCGAGUUUGCAAUGCGGUGAUUAGAUUGCAUUCACGUUUGCUUAAGAGACCCGAGCCUAUUCCCGAAAAUUCUACUGAUCAAAGGUGGAAAUGGUUCAAGAAUUGUUUAGGAGCUUUAGAUGGAACAUACAUAAAGUGCUUAGUACCGAGUGAAGAGAAACCUAAAUAUAGAACAAGAAAGGGAGAGAUUACUACAAAUGUGUUAGGUGUGUGUUCGCCGGAUAUGCAAUUUGUUUUUGUGUUACCGGGUUGGGAAGGGUCGGCGGCCGAUUGUAGAGUCCAUCGAGAUGCUCUUGAUAGGCCACAUGGGUUGAAAGUUUCAAGGCCGGGUUAUUAUUUGGUAGAUGCGGGAUACACAAAUGGAGAAGGUUUUCUCGCCCCUUAUAGAGGUCAAAGAUAUCAUUUAAAUGAUUGGCGUGACGGACAUCAACCCACUACCCCAAAAGAGUUAUUUAACAUGAGACAUUCGUCCGCAAGAAAUGUUAUCGAAAGAUGUUUUGGUAUUUUGAAAGCAAGGUGGGGAAUUUUGAGAGACCACUCAUACUAUCCCAUUGACCAAAAAAAUAGGAUGAUAAUGGCAUGUUGUCUUCUUCAUAAUUUUAUAAGAAGAGAGAUGCCGGUUGAUCCAUUUGAGACGGGAGAUUUGCUAGAUGAAGGAUUUGGAGAUGGACAUGGAGAUGGGGAUGGGGAUGAGAUUGGGGAUGGAGAUGGAGAUGGAGAUGAGGAUAAUAUAACUUAUAUUGAGACUUCAAAUGAGUGGACAACGUUUAGAAACAAUCUAGCCCAAAGCAUGUUUGACGCUUGGAAUGUUACCAAUGGAUAAGAAACUCCUACAAACAUAUGGAUUAUUUAUAAUGUUGUUUAUGCUAUUUCUAUGUCGUUAUGCUAUUUUUAAGUGUGGAACUAACUCUAGUUGUAUGUUUGAGUUAACUUUUAGUCGUAUGUUAAACAACUCUUAAUCGUAUGUUUGAACUUUCGGUUAGUAUCAUAUGAUUAUGAU